UGGCUAUGCUAGGAUAUGCAGGGAAAAAGAUUUGUGGCAAUGAAGGUUGUAAAAAGUGCCCAGCAUUAUACAGAGACAGCCUUGGAUGAAAUAAAAUUGUUCAAAUGUGUUCGUGAAAGUGACCCAAGUGACCCAAACAAAGACAUGGUUGUACAGUUAAUUGAUGAUUUCAAAAUUUCGGGCAAGAAUGGAAUACAUGUUUGUACGGUCUUUGAAGUACUUGGUCAUCGCCUCCUAAAGUGCAUAAUCAAAUCAAACUACCACGGUCUUCCCAUCCGUUGUGUAAAAAGUGGAAUUCAACAGGUUCUGCAGGGUUUAGAUUAUCUACACAGCAAGUGCAAGAUCAUCCAUACUGAUAUCAAGCCAGAAAGCAUUUUGAUGUGUGUAGAUGACACAUGUGUCCAUAGGAUGGUGGCAGAGGCCACAGAGUGGCAGAAAGCAGGUGUUCUUCCUCCUUCUGGCUCAGCAGUGAGUACUGCUCCACAAGAAAAGCCCAUAGGAAAAAUAUCUAAAAAACAAAAAGAAAAAACUGGAAAAAAAAAAAAACAGAAAAGGCAGGCAGAGCUGUUGGAAAAAUGCCUUCAGGAAAUAGAAGAACUAGAUGAGAAGAAAAAAAUAGAAGAAAACAUCACUUCAACUAUACCCACAAAUGAUCAGGAAGAUGAAUACCACCCAGAGGUCAAACUAAAAACAGCAGGAUUAGAGGAGGCAGCUGAUGAAGAACCUGCAAAGGAUGAUGGUGAAACUGAAGAUCAAGAGGAGAAAGAAGACACUGAAAAAGAAAACACAGAAAAAGAUGAUGAUGUUGAAAGGGAACUUGCCAACACAGACCUUACAGGGAUAGAAUCCCCCAAAACAAAUGGCCAUAUUGAAAAUGGUCUGUUCCUCUUGGAACAACAAAUAGAAGAUGAAGAAGAUGAGGAGGAAGAAUGCCCAAAUCCAGAGGAAUAUAAUCUUGAUGAGCCAAAUGCAGAAAGCAAUCAUACAUAUAGUAGCUCCUAUGAACAAUUUAAUGGUGAUUUGCCAAAUGGACGACAUAAAAUUCCUGAGUCACAGUUUUCAGAGUUUACAGCUUCAAUGUUCUCUGGGGUUUUAGAGUCUGUGGCCUGUGGCUCUACAGUUUCAGAUGGAUCAAUUCUAAGAGAGCAAGAAGAAAACAGUCCAUCUCAUGAUAGGAGCAGAACAGUUUCGGCAUCCAGUACUGGGGAGUUGCCAAAAACAAAAACCCAGGCUGCUGACUUGUUGGUGAAUCCCCUGGAUCCAAGGAAUGCAGAUAAAAUUCGAGUUAAAAUUGCUGAUCUGGGAAAUGCUUGCUGGGUACACAAGCACUUCACAGAAGAUAUUCAGACUCAUCAGUAUAGAUCCAUAGAUCUUACUGGCUAUAGUACACCUGCUGAUAUUUGGAGUACAGCAUGUAUGGCAUUUGAACUUGCAACUGGAGAUGAUUUGUUUGAACCACAUUCGGGUAAAGACUAUUCCAGUGAAGAAGGAGAACUACGGCAUAUUAUGAAGCUGAAGCCCUAGAGCCUCUUUGAUGUGUUUGUGGAGAAAUAUGGUUGGCCUCAUGAAGAUGCUGCACGAUUUACAGAUUUCCUGAUCCCGAUGUUAGAAAUGGUUCCAGAUAGGGGUAGCUAG